AUGAUAUAAAAAGGUUUUUUUUAAGCUGAAAUGUUCAUGAAAACAGCAACAUUCUUAACAUGAAAGUUUUAUUUGCAGCUCUUCUUGUGCUCGUCAGCCUGGCGAUGACGAAAGGCAACUCUGUAAAAAUGAUGUGGAAUCUGAUGUGUAGUAAUAAAGAGGAUCCUAAAAAAUUGAAUGAACUGAGAAGGUGCAUAGGAGAACGUUUUCAACAACAAGCAGGAUGGCUUCCAGGUGCAAUUCGAGAUUGUGAAUAUUCAAAAUUUUCUUAUGGGAAGUUUGAAGAGUUUGUGAACGAAAUGUGUAAUGAAGACAAAGAUGCUGAUAUGGAGGAAGUGCUGAAAUGUAUCAGUGACAAAAUUGAAGCAGCUGAAGAGGAUCUGGACUUUGCAAUGUCUGAUAUUAUUAAGAACUGUUACUGAAAACCUUCAACGGACCACUUAACAGCUGAUGAAGACCAGCAUCUACAUAUUACCUAUAAUAUAAUAAUCUGAAUCUGUCGUGGUUUCCUUCUUUUUUGAAUUAUGUUUAACUCUCAACUACCUUUAUCUCGAAAAUAAAACUAUUUUAAAGCAACAA